GUAAUCACUUCGCUUUCAAGUCUCAACAACAAAAACAACAACAACAUCAAUCAUCUUUCUUUCUUCGAUCUCUUUAUUAAGUAUUCAUUGCAGUUCUUCUGACUCUCACCCUGAACAAUGGCAUCUCCAAAGGUUUUGAUUUUGCUGGCACUUUGUGUUCUACCUGCUCUACUUGUUGAAGCAAGUAUUCCCGUUCUCAAAUAUCCUUUCCACGCAAAAGGUCGUGUAUACUGUGAUACAUGUAAACUUGGUUGCGAACACAGCCUUGUCACUUACAUCAAAGGUGCUGUGGUGAAGGCUGUAUGCAGAGAUAGGGGAACCAAUGAAUUGACAUACACCAAAGAAGCAGUUACAGGUGAAGCUGGAUAUUAUCGCGUUGAAGUACUGACCGACCACAAAGAUGAGAUCUGUACUAUUGCUCUCGUCAGCAGUCCUGACUCUGAAUGUGACAAAAUCGUCAAAGGAAUUCACGAAAUGACCGCUGUUCUUACCAACGACAACGGUUUACCAUCACAUGAACGUAAUGUCAACAGCUUGGGGUUCGAGAAGAAAACUAAAAUCGCUGGCUGCGACGCUCUUCAGAAGCACUACUUGUCUGAUGUCUAGAGAUGGAAUCACAUCUUACCAGUGCAUGUCAUUAGUAUUAUUUUAUUGUGUCAAUUUUAGUUCCUCGGAUGAAGAAAUUCUUGGGGAUGAACUUCCUCGAAUGAAUUUUGCUUUCUAGUAAGUAGUAUGUGUAGCCGGUGCUGUUGCUGUCAUGUUGUUGUUGUCGUCUAUGUUUAUUAGGUUAUCCAGUGGGAAUAAAGAUAUCAAUGAGUUCACAUUAUAUAUGUGAGACCAAUUAAUCCAGCCAUAUGUUUUGGAUUCUUGAA